UAGUUUUGAUUUGUCUGCGUACAGACAAAGUUGUGAAAUGUGUCCGUGUACGGUUACUCUUUUGUUGCUGACCUUGUUGAUAGGUCUUUUCUACAUCUUUCUUAUAUGGAAUUUCAACUACUGGAAGAAACGUGGCAUCAAAACCGUUAAAUCGUGGCCAUUUAUUGGCAGUUUUCCGAGUGUUUUCACACAAAAACGAAAUGUUGCAUACGACAUUCUUGACAUAUAUCGGAAAUAUAAGGAUACUGACAAUGUUGUGGGCGUGUUAAACACUCGAUCACCGCAGUUGCUGAUCCUUACUCCGGAAUAUGCACGUGCGGUUUAUGUUACGGAGUUUCGUAGAUUUCAUGACAACGAAAUGUCACGAUUUACCAAUGAAAAACUGGACAAGAUAAUGUCAAACAAUCCGUUUCUGCUCUUAGGUGAUAAUUGGAAGGAACGACGAGCUGAGAUAACGCCUGGACUGUCGCCGAAUCGUGUUCAAGCCGUUUAUUCAGUUACCCAAGACAUUUGCAAACAGUUUGUCGAGUAUAUAAGUAAGCAGCAACGCAUGGCGCCACCUGACGGAUUGAAUACGAAAAACCUAUGCCUUUGCUAUACCACCGAAGUGGUUGCUGAUUGUGUUCUGGGCAUCUCGUCGCGAAGCUUCAGCGAUAAUCCCACACCUUUGGUGGGAAUGAUAAAGCGCGCCUUUGAGCAAUCUUUCAGCUUCAUUUUCUUCAAUACGGUGGCAACCCUGUGGCCCCCAAUCCGAAAUAUCUAUGGUGUGCCAUUCUUCACAAAGGAGGUGGAAAACUUCUUCUUCGACAUUAUGCAAAGGGCCAUCAGUUUGCGUCGGGAGAGUGGGGAGCAUCGCAACCGGGCGGAUUUCCUCAACUAUAUGCUCCAGCUGCAGGAGAAAAAGGGACUCGACACCGUGAAGCUCACCUCCCACACGAUGACCUUCCUGACUGAUGGAUUUGAGACCACAGCACUGGUGUUGUCCCACACUCUACUUCAACUGGCUCGUUAUCCGGAGACCCAACAGUUGCUACGAGAGGAGUUAGGGACUGCAGAGCUCAGUUUUGAUCAGCUCAGCGAACUGCCAUAUUUGGAUGCGUGCAUAAAUGAAACCCUACGAAUGUUCCCACCUGGUCUGGCCGGUCGUAAAAUUGUCACCGAACCUUUUGAGUUUGUUAACAAGAAUGGAGCCAGCGUGGAGGUUGUUCCGGGAAAUGUAGUCAUUGUGCCAGUCCAUGCUCUCCAUUAUGAUCCAAACUAUUACGAGCAGCCGGAGAAAUACAUGCCAGAACGUUUCCUGGAACACAACGGAGGUGUGCGCAAGUAUCGUGAGCAGGGACUCUUCUUUGGCUGGGGAGACGGUCCACGUGUUUGUCCAGGCAUGCGUUUUGCGCUUACCCAACUCAAGGCGGCAUUGGUGGAAAUUGUGCGUAACUUUAAUAUUAAACCCAAUCCGAAAACCCGCAAGGAUAAUGUUCUGGAUGAAACUUUCUUUAUGGCAACCCUCAAGGGUGGCAUUUGGUUGGACUUUGAGCCGCGUAAAUGAAUGAACACACUUUUAUGGUUGUUGUUCCUUAUUUUAACUAUUUACUGCAUGAACAAUAAAUUAACAUUUUCCGUUGAUUAGA